AUGAAUAGGAUACAUAAGAUUACUGAUCAGUGUGGUGAUAAAGUUGCUGCCGAGGGAUCCUCUUCUAGUCAAGGACCCAAUGAGAUUUUUUACCAUGAGAUUGCUCAACUCACAAAGCUUAGGUCACGGCCUCAUGAGCUUUUGAGCAAGGACAUGCCUGGCAGGUCGAGGCUGCCCGUCUCAACUAUGAAAAUGUUGUUGUCAUGUUUUAAGUCGAUAUUUGCCUGUAAAUGGUCUUGCACGGUAGAGCAGUUGGAUAGUAGGACUUAUGUUUCUCAGUUUUCAGAUGACGGUACUCUUUUCAUUGCGGGAUGUCAGGGAAGCCACAUUAGGAUAUAUAAUGUGGAUAAGGGAUGGAAAGUUAAGAAGGACAUUUUAGCCAAAAGUUUAAGAUGGACGAUCACUGAUGCAUGUCUUUCUCCCAAUCAGCACUAUCUUGUGUAUGCUAGUUUGUCACCUGUUGUCCAUAUUGUGAAUAUUGAAUCUGCUGCAACAGAGUCACUGGCAAAUGUAACGGAAAUUCAUGAUGUUUUGAAUUUUUCUGGCAAUGAUGAUGAUUAUGAUGACUUUGGGAUUUUCUCUGUAAAGUUUUCAACUGAUGGGCGAGAGCUUGUAGCUGCAAGUAGUGAUAAUUCAAUAUAUAUUUAUGAUCUUGAAGCAAAUAGUUGCAGCCUCCGAGUUCUGGCACAUAAGUCUGAUGUUAACACGGUUUGUUUUGCGGAUGAAGCUGGCCAUCUCUUAUAUUCUGGAAGUGAUGAUAACCUCUGUAAGGUGUGGGAUAGGCGAUGCUUUAUCUCAAAAGGGAAAGCAGCAAGGGUCUUGAUGGGACAUCUAGAAGGCAUUACAUUCAUAGAUAGUCGUGGAGAUGGGCUUUACUUUAUUUCUAAUGGAAAGGAUCAGACUACCAAACUAUGGGAUAUACGAAAGAUGUCUUCUAACGCCAAAGAUUACACUCCAAAGUGUAGAUAUUCUGACUGGGAUUACAGAUGGAUGGAGUGUCCACCCCAUGCAAAAACAUUAAAGCAUCCUCGUGAUCAGUCAUUAAUUACUUACAGAGGUCAUUCAAUCUUGCGCACGCUCAUUCGCUGUUACUUCUCUCCAGAAUAUAGCACCGGCCAGAAGUACAUCUACACUGGAUCUAGUGAUUGUUCUGUUUAUAUUUAUGAUCUGGUGAGUGGAGCCCUAGUUGCAACACUUGAUCAUCAUGAAGGUCUUGUAAGAGAUUGUAAUUGGCAUCCUUUUUACCCUAUGAUCGUCAGCUCUUCAUGGGACUGUGUCCUUGCCAGAUGGGAAUUUCCCGGCUGUGGAUAAGCACCUGCUCCAUCAAGAUGAAUGUCUACAGAGGUGGGUUCUCUAGGAAUUCGAUUACUCAAAAGUUGAUUGAUUGUUGCAUACAUGAUUUUUGUUCUUUUCUCCAUAGCAUGUGAUCUAUUGCCUU